UUAAUCAUUUCCGAUAAGCCGCUACCCCCUUUCUCUCUUUCCCAUUUCGACAAAACCUCAAAAACUCCGAAAAUUAUCACUUCCACUGACAAAUUCCCAGUUGCCUUGCCGCUAAUUGCAGCGGCCACUCUUCAAUCCGUUCUUGAAUUUUCAAAAUUCGAAACAAGAUAAUCCCCAAAAAAAAGCCCUAUUUCUCCAAUUGUAGAAAUUUCUGUUUUGGGGCUUUGAUUUCUCCAAUGGCGUCCGGCGUUUUAUCGAGAGUCCUCUUUGCCCGACGCAGUCUUCAGUUUUUGUCGCCAUCUUCAUCUUCGUUGCUAUUUCAACAAUCUCGAUUCUUUUCUUCAGUCUUCGGUAAAAUCCCGUUUCGACCAUGGCCCGUUUCCUCUCAUUUGGUGAGUAAAAAUCCGGGAUCCGUUUCGUGCAACAUGUCAUCUUCAGCAGUUGCAUCGCAAGAUUCGUUCUCCGUUCAAUCCCUGUCAGCAAAUGAGCCUGUCGUUUCAGUCGAUUGGCUCCAUGCCAAUCUUCGAGAGCCCGAUGUGAAGGUGCUUGAUGCAUCUUGGUACAUGCCAGACGAAAAGAGGAAUCCACUUCAAGAAUAUCAGGUUGCACAUAUUCCAGGUGCUCUUUUCUUUGAUGUUGAUGGUGUAUCAGAUCGAACUACUAAUUUGCCACACAUGUUGCCAUCCGAAGAAGCGUUUGCUGCAGCUGUUUCUGCACUCGGCAUAGAGAAUAAAGACGGGCUAGUUGUUUACGAUGGGAAGGGAAUUUUCAGUGCUGCUCGUGUUUGGUGGAUGUUUCGAGUAUUCGGGCACCAGAGGAUUUGGGUUUUGGACGGAGGCCUACCUAGGUGGCGCGCCUCAGGAUUCGAUGUUGAAUCGAGCGCGUCGAGUGACGCUAUCUUGAAAGCUAGUGCUGCCAGCGAGGCGAUCGAGAAAGUUUACAAAGGGCAACGGGUUGGGCCGAUUACAUUCGAAACCUAUUUUCAGCCACAUCUUGUCUGGUCACUUGAACAGGUUCGAAAAAACAUUGACGAGCAAACACAUCAGCACGUAGAUGCUCGCUCGAAAGCUAGAUUUGACGGAGUUGCACCGGAGCCUCGAAAGGGAAUAAGAAGUGGCAGUGUUCCUGGAAGCAAGUGUAUCCCCUUUCCCCAGAUGUUGGAUGGAUCACAGACACUCUUACCUGCAGAUGAGCUCAAGAAGAAAUUCGAACAAGAGGGAAUCUCGUUAGACACCCCUGUCGUAACUUCGUGUGGUACCGGUGUAACUGCUUGCAUUCUCGCAUUGGGUCUUCACCGAUUGGGGAAGACGAACGUUCCGGUAUAUGAUGGAUCUUGGACAGAAUGGGGAGCAAAUCCCGAUACACCUGUCGCCUCUUCUAAAGAUUAGAUAUGUGAUAAGCUUGGAUGAAUGUUCGUUUGGUUUGAAUGGAUGAGAGACGAGGAAGAGUGGACGAGCGGUGGAAGAGCCGCUAGUGGUGGUGGUGCCGGAAAAGUGUAUUGGGAUUAGUGGAGUUGUAUUCCAGCUGCUUAAACUGGGAGAUUUGCACUUUUUUUUUCUUCUCUUAAUUGUUUGUAUUAAAUAAAUAAUUUGGAUUGAAUGCAAUACUUUCUCAAAUGACAUAGAGUAUUGUGCCUUAAAUUGAUUAAAACAAUUGGUUUAUAUAUUAGUGUUAAUAGU